AUGUUACCAGGCUUGGCCGCCGCCUCUGCGGCCCACAGAUGUAGCUGGUCCUUUUGGUGCCGGCUCCGUCUGGGCUGCAGGGCGGCGGCCCGCAGCUCCUGCGACCGUCAGGAAUGGCAGAAUUUAGUGACACUUGGAAGCUUUUCAAGUAUGGUUCCCUGUAGUCAUCCAUACAUUUGUGCACUGAGUCCAGUGAAGUUGUACUCCACAAAUGUUCAGAAAGGAGGACAGGGAUCACAAACUAUCAGAGUAGAAAAAGUACCAACACUUGAUGAAACAGCAGGAAAUAUGGGUGCGGAACUCAAAGCUCCACUUAUUAAGCAAGAACCUCUCCAAGUAAGAGUCAAGGCAGUCCUUAAAAAGAGGGAGUAUGGACCAAAGUACACUCAGAAUAACUUCAUCACUGGUGUCAGAGCAAUCAAUGAGUUCUGCCUCAAAUCCAGUGAUCUAGAACAACUUCGAAAAAUCAGACGACGAAGUCCACAUGAAGAUACUGAGUCCUUUACUGUAUACUUGAGGUCAGAUGUGGAGGCAAAAUCUUUAGAAGUUUGGGGAAGCCCUGAAGCUCUUGCCAGAGAGAAAAAACUCCGUAAAGAAGCAGAAAUAGAAUACAGAGAACGGCUAUUUAGAAACCAAAAAAUAUUAAGAGAAUAUAAAGACUUCCUGGGAAACACCAAGCCACGUUCCAGAAUGACAUCGGUAUUUCUCAAGGGACCAGGAAAAGUGGUGAUGGUUGCCAUUUGCAUCAAUGGAUUAAACUGUUUCUUUAAAUUUCUUGCCUGGGUUUAUACUGGUUCAGCGAGUAUGUUCUCAGAAGCUAUACAUUCAUUAUCUGAUACAUGUAAUCAGGUUUUACUAGCAUUGGGCAUCAGUAAGUCUGUUCAAACACCAGAUCCUACUCAUCCAUAUGGAUUUUCAAAUAUGCGCUAUAUUGCUUCACUAAUUAGUGGUGUUGGUAUUUUCAUGAUGGGUGCAGGACUGUCAUGGUACCAUGGAAUCAUAGGAUUGCUUAAUCCUCAACCUAUGGAAUCUCUCCUAUGGGCAUAUUGUAUUUUAGCAGGAUCAUUGGUAUCCGAAGGAGCAACACUUCUUGUUGCUGUAAAUGAACUUCGUCGGAGUGCUCGGGCGAAGGGAAUGUCAUUUUACAAGUAUGUAAUGGAAAGUCGUGAUCCUAGUACAAACGUUAUAUUAUUGGAGGAUACUGCAGCAGUCUUGGGAGUGACAAUAGCAGCCACUUGCAUGGGUCUUACUUCUAUAACAGAAUUAAGUCCUAACAAGUUAAGGGCUAUUCAUGAUGUUAAAGCCACAGAUCUGGGAUUAGGUAAAGUGAGAUUUAAGGCAGAAGUAGAUUUUGAUGGACGAGUUGUUACACGUUCAUAUUUAGAAAAACAAGAUUUUGACCAAAUGUUACAAGAAAUUCAAGAAGUGAAAACUCCUGAAGAGCUAGAGAUAUUUAUGCUUAAACAUGGAGAAAAUAUUAUUGAUACUUUAGGAGCUGAAGUAGAUAGACUUGAGAAGGAACUGAAGUUUCAGAUAAAGAAAAAAUCAGAACAAUUGUGUAUCCUCUCAUUUGAGCAGGGGGAGGUUGUGACUGGCCCUCUUACGUUAGUAUUCAAGAAGAAAGUGCCCCCGGUUAACACUUGA